AUGGCGUCGCGCGUUCAAGAGCUUCCCGAUGACUUCGACGACAAGAUUGAUCUGAACAAGGCACCCGCCGAGACACAUGGACCUGCACCACCAUCCGCCGCUGGCGACGGCGGCCUGUCUUUCGAUAUGAUGAUGGAGGCCGCUGCAAAACACUUCCCAGCUAAGAAGGAUGCACCGGCUGAGGGCGAUCCGUCUCAAUCUGGCGCAGCGCUCCCGCCCGGCAUGGCUACAGCCAGACAAUACACAGCAGACGAGAUGUGGCAGAUGCUGAACAAGUCCCCUCUCUUCAUGACCGAGCUGGACGAGACAGGCGAAGACGGUGGUGAGAACAUAGCUCUGGAAGCCAUCAAAGCCCUCGCAUAUGAAGGCACCCGUGCCGAGAACGCCGCUUCAUUCCGCGAACAAGGAAACGAGAACGCUCGCCUCAAGCGCUGGAAAGAUGCCCGCGAAUUCUACGACCGCGCUUUGGGUGCACUCAAGCUACCGCAGAAGCGUCCAGACGCAGAAGAAGGCGAAGAGGAUGUUGAGCACGAUUUGGUAGAACUCGAUGAAGAGGAAGAAGCUCGCAAGGAAAAGGAACACGAGGAAGCAUCUCUGGUCAACCGCGCCCUCUGCAAUCUUGAGUUGAAGAACUACGGCUCCUGCAAUCGCGACUGCGCUGCUGCCUUGAAGAUCAACCCAAUGAAUGUGAAAGCAUACUACCGCAGCGGUAUGGCCAAUUUCCAUGUCGACAAAAUCCCUGCAGCAAUCUGGUCUUGCAACUUAGGCCUUAAAAUCGACCCUACCAACAAAUCCCUCCUCAUUCUUCAAGACAAGAUUGAAAAACGCAGAGCUCAGAUAGAACGCGCCGAACGAGAGCAACGCGAAAGAGAAGAAAAGGCCCGUAGAGAGAAGGAGACUCUGGCACUAGCAUUGAAAGGCCGCAACAUUGCAACCCGCUCGACAACCACAGCGCCACCUCAGCUUGAAGACGCCGCUGUUCAACUCGAGGACCCCACCGACGCAUCGUCAACACUAAGCUUCCCUUGCUUGCUCCUCUACCCUCUUCACAACCAAACAGAUUUUAUCAAAUCCUUCGCCGAACAUGAGUCAGUAGGUCAACACCUUGAAUACAUUCUCCCGUUGCCUUGGGACGAAGACGAGCAAUAUCUACCAGAGAAUGUCGAGUGCUACAUCGAGACCAAGACUGGAGGCUUGGUGAAAGCAGGCAAGAAGAUGGCCUUGCUCAGAAUCUUGAACACUGGCAAAGUGGAGAUUGUGGAUUCUCUGCUGAGGAUCAACGUUGUGCCGAAGAGCAGAGCACAAGAAUGGGUGGACAACUUCAAGAAGAUCAAGGCCGCUACCAAGUAA